AUGCUUGUAAACCAUGUCAUGGAAACUUUGACCAUCGGUGAUAUCGACAGCUGCUACAGGACCUGUGCUGCAAAGCCAGGGUGUCAGAGCAUCAACUACUACAGAGACAAGUCUCUCUGUGAGUUAAACAGCAGGACGAUCGAGAACACCCCCGAUAUGAGAGUCGCCAACGAAGACUCGAUCGCUGAUACCGACUGUCAUACCUCAGAAUUAUGGACAAUGCUUGUAAACCAUGUCAUGGAAACUUUGACUAUCGGUGAUAUCGACAGCUGCUACAGGACCUGUGCUGCAAAGCCAGGGUGUCAGAGCAUCAACUACUACAGAGACAAGUCUCUCUGUGAGUUAAACAGCAGGACGAUCGAGAACACCCCCGAUAUGAGAGUCGCCAACGAAGACUCGGUGUACUUCACGAUUCCAGUGGAUGGUAAUUUUACCGAGUGGGGCAGAUGGUCGAAUUGUUCCCUAACCUGCGGCAAUGGAACAAGAUAUCGAAACCGUUCUUGCACCAACCCACCACCUGCUUAUGGAGGAAAGAAUUGUACUGGGCCAUAUAACGAGAAAAUGAUCUGUAACCAACACCCAUGUGCCAUUGGAAUACAGAACAAGAAUAUCAUUUCUGAUUACUAUAUGACCGCUUCAAGAAACUAUAGCAACGCUAAGAAAGCAAGACUUAAUGGUCGUGAGUGUUGGUGGAUACAGUGUUGGACGGGCAAACCGUGCAAUAAGGAGUGGUUGCAAAUCAAUGUGGGAAAGAUUGCAAAGAUUAUUGGUAUUGCCACGCAAGGCCAAUCUUAUGAUUCUGGCUCAUACUUCUACUCGACAGAAAAGUAUAAUCUUUCCUACAGCAAUGAAAGCAAAUUCACCUUUUACAGCAAGGGCCAAGUCUUUCAAGGGAACACUGACGGAAAUACAAUUGUUUAUCACAACCUUGCGCCGGCAAUUACAGCAAGAUAUGUACGAAUUCAUCCCAUGAAAGACAAUGACAAGUCUGGUGCCAUAGCACUGAGAAUGGAGCUUUACGAAAGCAAAGAAGAUGAAGGAGUAUGUUCGUAUGCACUUGGUAUGCAAAGUAGAAUAAUUAAAGACAGUCAGGUCACAGCCUCAUCUUCAUWUUCUAAAUAUAMACCAUCAGAAGCGAGACUKGACAAUAUUAACCGGGGAUGGAUCGCGCAMYCAACUAACAAACACCAAUGGCUUGARAUCGACUUGUUUAAAGUGAAAAUGAUGAACGGAAUCGCCACACAGGGUAACCAAGAUUAUUWUUACUKCUACGUGAAAGAAUACCGUCUUGAAUACAGAAAUUCCACCACCAACGCCCUCAAUAAAUACACCCUGAGCAGUCAGCCAGUGAAAUUCAAAGGUAACUCUGACCACACAAGCAUCGUCUACAAUGCCCUUCAUAACCCAAUACUAGCCCAAAUAGUUCGUAUUGUACCAAUGGCAUGGUACAGAUGUAUCGCUAUGAGGGUUGAGCUGUACGGAUGCCCAUAUAUGGGAUCCUACCAUGAUGGGUCAAAGUAG